AUGUCGCUGUACGUGCCGCCUUCUGCCCUCCCCAGGGCGCCGGCCAUCGCCGAGGAGUACAGGAGGGACAAGCUGCUGGCCGUCAAGUCCCCGGGUGUAAGCGGCCUCACACUUAGAGAGGGAGUUCCGUUGGCUUGACAUAUAUGGCUUCCGUGACGUGUCCGUUUAUGUGGCAGGAGCUCAAGAAGCGUCUGGCUGCCGUGACGGAGGAGGAGCUCCGCCUCUUGCUGGGGCAGGGCCUUGGGCGGGUUGAGAAGCAGAGAGAGGUAUGCGAGCCAAUGCAUUCUCUCUCUGUGUGGUGCAGUGGAGCACACCGAUUCCUUCUCUGUUGAUGUGUCAUGUUGUUCCUCAGGGGCGAAGGCGCAGAUCGAGGCGCUCAAGGCCAAGGUAGAGGCCAUCAGGGAGCGGGAGCUUACGCAUGCGAUCGCCUUUUCAGGAGGAGCUGCUGUUCUGUUCUGUGAGCAGAGCAGCCCGUGUCGUCGCCUGUGAGUGAGUGCCGUCAUGGCGCUGUACCCUAUGCCCUACCCUCUGUCACCCUCUGCCCUCGUCAGGGCGCCGGCCAACGCCGAGGACAUCGUCCUCGACCCCCGGGACUACAAGGCGGCCAAGAGGAGCGCCAAGCUACUGGCCCUCAAGUUCCCAGGCGUAAGCAGCCCCACAGUCGCCUCGCGCUCACCAUCCAUGUGAUUUGUCCGUGUGGCAGGAACUCGAGAAGCGUAUCGGCCACACGGACGAGCGUGACGGCCUGCUGGAGGCGUGCGCCAAGCGGGUCGAGAGGAAGAAGGUAAGCCAAUGCUCUCUCUCUCUCACUCUCUCCGUGGUGCGCAGCACGCCGAUUCCUUCUCUUUUGAUGUGUUGUGUCGUUGCUCAGAAGGUGCCCCUGAAGGCGCAGAUCGAGGCGCUCAAGGCCGAGGUAGAGGCCAUGAAAGAGCGCCUGGUACGCAUUCGACAUGCGCCGCACCACUCACACACAGCACCUGCACACACAGAGACCUUUGACACAAAUGGCCUGUAUGCUGUGUUUUUCAGAGUUGCCACGCGGGCCUGCAGGCCGAGGUGGCGGGUUUGAAGGCCAAGAAGGCCUUCUUGAAGGAGACGGAGGAGGUGGCGGCUGCCCACAAGGCAGAGCACAGGGCGUCCACCAGCACUACCGCCCCUCCUCCGGCGUGGAAUGGGGUGCGGGGCGAGCUUGUGUACUGGGAGUACACAGGGAUGGGCGUGUGGGAGGCCAGGAGCGAAGCACAAGAUGCGACCAUGCGGCUCAAGAAGUGGUGGCGGGACCGCCUCGAGCAGUGGUGGCCAUCACCCCACGACGACCGGCAGCCUCAGGUGCUGCACUCGCCCCCGGGGCCUCGGGGGCGUCCCUGCGACUGCUGA